GUUUAGACGUGUUUAGUUAGACCCGAAAACGAAACAUUCCGAAACAGAAGGAAGUUCAACAAAAAACAAAGACGGAAGAUUAAAAUCUGUUAUUAUGACUUAGUUAUUUACUGUUUUAAUUUUUGACAAGGCUGGUGUUAUAAAGAUGGAUAUUUGCAAGCUUCUACUUACGAUGGUGAUAGCCUUGUCAACGUGGACACAGGCAGUAUUUGUUAAACAGUCUAUUCCGGUCCCUGAAGACAAGUAUGUGAUCGCAUGUCCAUCUGAGUGUCAGUGUUCGCACAAGGAAAUGACAGCAGAGUGUCAAUUUGACAGUUACGAAGAUUACUCCAUGAAAAAACUGUUACCAUGGCAACUUACUGUGCUUCGAAUUCAUGGUACAUCUUCAACUUGGCAGACUUGCAUGCAUUCUGUCAAACAUGUGUUAUUGAAAGGCUUAGAAGAUGUUGAAAACACAGAGGACAGUUUUAAUGAUGUGUUUUCGGGAUUAAGAAGUUUGGACAUUCAGUACAUUCCGGUUGAAAAGAUCUCAAAUUCUGACUUAAUGGUUUUCAAAAAUCUGUCAUUUUUAAGUUUGUCUCAUAGUAAAAUUUCCGCCAUUGAAUCUCAUGCUUUUGACACUAUGUCGUAUCUGGAAACCUUGAAACUCAGUUGGAAUAACAUUUCAACUCUUGGAAAAUAUCUAUUCAAGGAUUUGAAAGCCUUAAUAGUCCUUGAUGUUGGAUAUAACAGCAUAGAGAAGUUAGAUGCAGAAGAUUUGAAUGGGCUUUUUAGCUUGGAAGUGCUAGACUUGCAGAGCAAUUUGCUAAGACAAGUAGAGACAUUUAUUCUGGAUUUAAACUUAAAUGCGCUACAAUCCUUAAAUCUUAGAAGCAAUAAAUUGUCAUACAUUUCCAAAUCAGGUGUUGAACAGCUCUUGCGUUUAUCCAGUGUUGACUUGAGCAGCAAUGCAUUUGAAUGUACAUGUAUGAAUGAAGAAUUGAUAAGAAUGCAUAUGCUGAAACCAACCUUGUUCGAAACUGAAACUUCCUGCAGUGGCCCAAAAGACUUGAACGGCAUGAAAUUCAAAGAGCUUGAUAUCUACACACUGCCUUGUAAAGAACCCGAAAUUUCAAAUAUGACCAAUAGCCUGAAGGUUAAUAAUCAAGAAAAUCUUGUCAUUAGAUGUAAUGUUCAAGCCUCGGCACCAUUUGCGGUCUAUUGGGUUACGCCUUUGGGGGAUAAAUUUACACAACUAGACACUAAAGAGACGUUUCCUGAUCAGUAUGAGGAAAUGAUGACUGAAAAAACAUAUUAUGGACAUCACUCAUUCCUGGUUUCCAAAAUAUACAUGACGAGAGACUUUUCGCUGGUAAUUGAGACGGUUAGAGGCUACUUUGAUGGUGAAUUCGUAUGUGUAGCUGAAAACUCAUUAGGGAGUGUAAAUGAAUCAACUACAAUUGCAGUCACUUCAGAAGUUAAAACUGUGUACAUCAAUAGCAUCUUCAUUGGUGCAUACACCUCCAGUGCAAUGCUAUUUCUUGGUACAUUAAUUGGAUUGGUGCGAAUGUUACUGAACAAGUGUUGUCAUAUUGAUAAAUGCUGCUGCUGUUCAUGUUCAUCGGACGAUUUGUUGGUUGUUGAUAAGCGGAAAAAUGAAAAUGGGAACAUUGAAACAACGUAUGCUAAUAGCGACAGUAUUGGAUACAUGGAUGAAGAUUCCAUUUUUCAAAGCGGUAGAAAUACCCCACCUGAUCCUCCUGUGAAUUCACCAACUUUGAGAUGCUCCCCAGAUAAGUGUGUCACACCAACCAAUAGCGAGAUGGAUCCUAGCAAGGGGUCAUCUCAACACAUCUGGGAACAGCUGGAUGAAGUGAGAUCGAGGCUCUACUACGGAGCUGGCAGGAAAAUUGAGAAAGUCCGAUCACAUGUUCGCUCCUUUACUGAUACAGGUUCCCUGAAAAUUCGUGAGAUGAAGGACGCAGGUAGCAUGAAGAUUCAGUCUAUCAAAGAGUCAGGCUCCCAUGCGGCCUCUGUGGCGAAAAAGACCGUCACCAGCGGUAUGUUCCAGGUAAAGUACAGCGUGCAGUCCAUCAAGGAGUUUUGUGGCACUGGAGAAAUGGGUCCGGGGACAGUUUCCAUGGUUUCUGUCUCCACAGACGUCGACACACAUGAAGAAGUUAAAAUCGUCCGAUCCCAUACGUUUGUGUAGCAAAUGUCGUGUUCCGAAAGCCACAUUAUUUUUAAUGCAGAUGUGUACAAUCUGUAAAAUAGCGAUGAUGACAUAAACAAAGUUGAAAAAAUGUGACUUAUGACUUCAUAAAAGCGACAACAAGAUUUAUCCAGGUGAUGUAAUUGGAAAAAAUAAUGUUUAAGACGAAUUAAAUAAAGUAGGGAUACAAUCAUAUGUAUUUUAAAGCUGAACUCUCACAGAUUGACCAAUUUGGCAACUUUUACAGUUUUUGUCUUUUGUCUUAGUAUCAGCUGAUUUUGGCAUCAAUGUUUUCAAAUCAGUCAGAUAGGAUAUAUAGCACAACAGAACAGAUCUCAAGUCUUUGGUAAUCUGCCGAAAUUUUCAUUUUCCUUAAAACAAGUAUAGGCUCAUUCUAAGACAAAAAAAUAAAAUAAAAGUUGUCUAAAUGGUCAAUCUGUGAGAGUGCAGCUUUAAAACAUCUAUGAAUGCCUCAGCAGCCUGCUAGUGCUUUACAAUACUAAAUUUUAAAAGAUCACAAGAAUCUUUUAGAUAUGCAAAUAAGUGUGAUAGCCAGAUGAUAAGGCCAAGAUUGUAGAUGUAGAUUUAAUGUUAUCACUCCUUUCAAAAUCAUUAUAAAAAAUUACCGUAAACAUUAUGCAUAAAAUGUGUUAUGUUUUGGAGAAAUUGUUAGACUAGUGUUGCUGUUUCAGUUAUAAAACUACUGGGUGCUGUAGAAAAGGGACAGGUUGCUUUGGGUAAAAAGGGCACAUUGUAUCUGCUGUGACCAUUUUUAGUAAUACCGGUAAUAUUAUAAGUUUGACAAAAAAUAUAUGAAAUGAUUUAAUUAAAGUUCUUUUAGAUUUCAAAUGCAAUAUUAAUAAAGUUUGAAUAUAUUUAUAAUCAUGUACAUGUAAUAAGCUUUAAAAUUAAAAAAGUGAAAGUUUGAUUAUCUUAAGCUUUCAAUUAUAUGAAGGGCGCACUUGUUGGUCUCCAUGGGAUUAUGCUACCCGAAAAAAAAGCAGGGUGCAGCACCCGCGUAUAACUCACAAGCUUAAUUAAACCCUAUAAGAUAGAUUUUUAUUGUUAGAUGUACAGUACUACAUGUUUUUUUAUAUAUAUUUUAUACAUAAAUUUAUAUAUAUAAAGUAUAUACUUAAAGUUUAUGCACACAAUAUAUAUAUUUGUCCAGAAAAACUCGACAUUUUAAACAAUGAGUUAAUCAAAAAAUAAUUUAAAUGUUUCUCUUAUUUUAGCUCGUUUCUCUGUGAAAAUAACUGUGAAAGCACAUUGUACAUUGUACUUGGUGGAAAAAUCUAUGACUAUAUUGCGGUUAAGAAUUCAUUCAGCUAUAAUAUUGGGUGUUGUUUAAAUUAAUAUCAAUAAUUUGUUGUUGUUUUUAAUCAACUAUAAGCAUGAAAUAAAAAGAUAAUUGUUUGUCUAGUGUAAGAUUGCGAUGUAUUUCACCUCAUGAACACAAAAAAUAUAUAUUUCACUCAUGGCAAAGUUCAUGCGGUGAAAUAUAUUGCUUUAAUCUUACACUGAAACAAACAAAUAUCUUCUUUGUAAACAGUGCAUUGACUUGCCAUUUCAUAUUUCAAUGCCUUUAAUACUCAUGUGAUAUAUGGUUUGUUUGUGACAUGGAUGCUUGAUAUGCUGUAGAGGGCUUGGAUUUUGUGACAGUUUGAUUUUCAUGAAUAUUUCUGGUUUGAAUUUAAGAUUUUUGCUUAUCAAAAUAUGUUAUACAUGAGAGGUAAUUCAAUACAGACUUUAUUGAACAUUUUUUUUAAAUUGAUAGAAAAAAGCCUUUACAAAUUUUGUAUUGAAUAAUCACAAAUUUGAUAUUACUGAAGGAAUGAAUUGCCGGAUUGAUGUCAUUAUCGGGGAUAUGAACUCAGUUGGGCUGGUUCAAGUAUGAGUGGAAUGUUUAAAGCAUCUAAUAUCUUUUGAUAGAAAUCAGCCCAGUCUAUUUCCUAGGUGACAUUCUCAAAAUCUGUCAAAAUCCUGCCUUUCAGGAAUCACCUUCUGUCUUAAGUCCCCUAAAUGUCUGUGGCCCCUGGUCGGACCAAUCAAUGAUAGGUGCCUUCUCAACACUGCACAGGGAUGUCAUCCUUCGAAAGUAUAAAUUUGUCAUAUGUUCAUAUUUAGAUAUGAUGAGGAUUAAUCUGUGGAAGUUACUGGACCAAUCAAUAAAUAACAUAACAUGCCAAGAUAUUGUUAGUAUCAUGUAAAAAAUCUUUAUCAUUAAAUUGUCUAUAAGAAUGAUGUUCAUCAUGUUGUAUUUUUAUUUUAUUCAUAAACAUGUACACAAAUUUGUUUGAACACCUGCACACGAUUUGGAUAUAGUAAAAUAAACAUACCUGAUUUCUCUUUAUGAAAGUACAAUAUUAACAGAAUAUUGGAUUGAUGGUAUUGAAAUGUAUUGUACGAUAAUAGUUCAUGUUCUAUAGGGAUCUAAUAACUGUAGCUAAAUAAUUAUAUAUGUGGGCUGAAUUGUAACAGUAGUGUCCAUUAACUACCGUGAGUGGUCAACAUUAUAUUUUGUCCAAUGAGAAGACAGUAAACAUCAAAUUUGCAAAAUCAGCAGUCAGUCUUUAUUAAUUGUAAUCAGGUCAAGUGGUAGAUAUAAACUGUGUUAAUUCAAUUCAAUUCAAUUCAAUUGAGUGGGUAGUUUACACAAUGUUAUGUAGACCACUAAAAAAUUAAAGGUUGCUAGUAUGGACUAAUAGCAAAUAAAUGGUUGUGCGACUGUGUGGCAUCAACCCUUUAUUUUUGUAAUUACCCACUAACAACCUUGAACCAUUAGUUACCUAUUAUAUAUGUAAUUAAAUGUCAUGUUACAGCUUUUUGAAGCCAGUGGUCUUUCAAUGGUCUUUUAGUGGUCUUUCAAAAAAAAUAUGAGUGCCUUUGAAACAACUUCUGAUUUUUGUAAACAAUAUGUAGGAGGCAAAUCGAAGCCAAGCUCUUGUUGUUUCAUUUCUCAUUUACAAUAUACAGUUCUAAGACUUUGAUUUUAUUCUGUAAAGUGUAAAUCAUGUAUAUAUGCCAUGCACUGGUUGUUAUGAUGCUGUGUAUUUAUUUAUAUGCAAAGUGAAGUGUACUGUUAGUACUUAUUAUUAUAUAUGCUUGGUUUAAUUGCAAUGCUUUUAUUGGUCGGGAGGCUGUCACAUGACAUUACAUGUAUAUAGACAGUUAUAUACCCAGGCAAAAAGUGGCAAUUUCAUUGGCAAAGUUUUGUGUGUGAUAUUUUUGUCAACAAAAUCCCAUGCUUUACAGGGACCAUAUAUAAUAUUGGGACAAUAUUCCCCUUGUUUUCAAUGGUAAAAUUGGAGACUAGAAAUAGAAUUAUCGUCAAUCAUGUCAUUUCGUGAAAGUAACAUUUUUGACGCAAGUAAUGAAAAAUAGUUGUAAGAAUAUGUUUUUAUAGGAAUAUUAUUGCUACAAGCAUAUAAUAAAACACUUUCAGACUGACGAUAUCUGUUUAUACCCUGUUUUAUGAACCACAUAAAGUGAUAAUUACCAGACCUCCUCUCCCUGAACGUCACUUUUUAUUGUCCAUAAAAUGGAAUAUAACACCUGACUAUCAGUCAAUAUGCUAAUUGCUCAGAACUUAAUGAAAGAAAGCAACGUCAUUUAAACUAUAUCAUUACCUUUAAAAGGAAUACUUGUUUGUGAUCUGCUCAUAUGUUUAAGUAGAACAUGUACAGCUGGAAAAACCGUCACAAACCUUGCUAAAAAUAUUGCAGAUCAUAAGCGUUUUGAUUCAAGUUUCAGAGCUAUAACUAUUUGAAAAUUAAUGCAGACGUAAAUGACGUUCUUAACUUUAAAUGAGUUCUGAACAAUUGGCCCUUUAUCUGUGAAUUAUUAUUGGUUACAUAGAUUUGUAAGCAGAUGUCUUAAUCCUUUUUGUUUGAUUAAAAUAAAUCUAACACAAAGUUC